AUGCACACAUUCAUCAACAAGUUACAGCAGAAGGCUGUGCAGCAACCUAAGCAGAAGAAAUCCAAGUCGGCUGAAUUUCUGAUGGGGGGAGAGGAGGAAUCUGCUGCGGCGACGGAUGGCAGAGGAAGUGCUGAGCCCAGAUCUCCAAUUGGGCUGCAGAGAGGAAUUCAAGGUGACACACCAGAUCGCACUCACGCGGCUCAUCCCAAAAACAUGGAGCUGCAAGCAGCUGCCAAAGGAAGAGGAAAUGAAGGUGCCCAAAAUUACUUUGACCUGCAGUCGGAGGAGCAGACAGACCCAAGGCAUCGCAGGAUGGCGGGGGUCAACACCGAAGAUGAGCUGGAAUUAAAAAUACUAAAUGCAGAUGAAAACACACUGUACGGCAGAAUGGCUGCGAUGCUGGAAGAAGAAGACGCCUUCAUUGACUUGCCUGGUACGCUGGUAGCCUCCAGGGAUGAGAAGGUGUUGGAGGUGAAGGCCGGUAAUCCAGUGUUUCAGAGGCAACUGCUGCUCCAUGGUGGUUUUGGUGCCCCAGGCUUUGGGCUUUCUCAGGGCCAUGCCACUGCCAAAGCCCAAGCUGUGGCUAGCGCUGAGCACGACACUCAGCAUGGACCUCAUGAAGGAAGGACCGUGAUGAGCAGAGACACCACAGUAAAAAUGAAGGCAGCUCAGGAGGUGAUCCCCGACUACGCUCAGCGGCUGAGGGAGAGUGUGCAACCUGACAUGAUCACGCUUGGCAGCCUUUCACUGCAGCAGCAAACAGCUCAGAAGAGACAUCCACAGAGGAGCGCCUGGGUGCAGAGAAAGAAGAAACUAAUGAGCCUCCUGACUAGGAAUGUUACAGAGCCUCAUUCACAAGGAGGCAGCCAUGAGACAGUGAGCAGUGCAUCACCUCGGGGGCCGAACACACACCACCACUGGACCGGUCGCAGCCAGUCACUGCGUGCGGUGGGUGAAGGCCAGGAAGCCUUGACAAAUUCUGGGCAAGGCUCCGAACCUCACGAGUCUUUGGCCUCGCAGGUCGGCUGGCUGGGGUCCGCUUCCCAGCCCGUGGAGGUGUGUGUGUAUUGUCUAAGGGCUUUGAAGGACAAACUUCCCAGGGGUCUCUACGCCGUGAGUGUGGCCCUUCACUCUUGUCUCGGUGGUCCUGCCAUGACCUGGAACCAACAGCAAGACGGACAGGUUACCACCCGGCCGGUGGAGCACAAAGGCCACUUCUAUGACAUCGACCUGCAUGUUAAUCAGAGUUUCGUCUUGAUUUUACCUGGAGCCCGUGAGCUCGUCCCCUCCAUGGUCCUUGUGUUUCAGCUAAUUGAACUACCUGGACAAAACAGUCACACGAGGUCCGUGCAAGCUUGGGGGGCUUUCCCUGCCUGCGACCUGAGCUUCAGAGUGGCACAAGGCAGGUUUAAAGUUCCAUUGUUAAGGGGUGAACCAGACUCACAACUGGACCAGUUUAAAAAAAUUGAGAGUCUCAUCUCCUCUGAUCUCGACCACUGGCUGUGCAACAUGUACUUUCAGGUAAAGCGCCUCCCGCCACGAACAUCUGGGGUGUCAGAGAGUUCCGUCACUCUGCUGAUACCCCCCUCUGUCACGCUUCAACCUGAGGUCCAUCAGAGUCAAACACCAUCACAGCUCAAGCCCUUGUCAGGGUCCCAGCUUCAUCCGCGGCCAAUUCAUUCUCAGCUGGACCCCCAACAUCACGCCGGCCCCAGUUGUAGAGGAGCAGAACUGGGUGUGCAUCAUUAUCACCAGGGGUCCCCCCUCCACCUGUCAGCCGACUCCGCAUGCUCUUCAUCAUCUCUGCCAGGCAGUAACUGGUCCUUUUCCAGCCACGCGGAGGAGAAAGGCGACCCGUGCCGGGAGAAAGCCGAGGGUGGGACUCCCUUCAAGAAGAAGCCAAUCAAGAAGACAAAUAGCCGAGGCCCGAGCACGAGUGGCAGCAGCGCUCACACGAGUAAGCCAGCCAAACACAAGAGGCAGAACCUCUUGGCAGAGGAGAUGGAAGACUUUACAUUCUCCUUACAAUCUUCACAAAGUGGCCCCAGUCCCUCCCGACUGUAUGACCGGGCCCACUUGGCCCUCCGCAUGCUGCCGUUGGAGAUGGGCCUGCCGUUGCCACGGCAACAACAACUGUAUGGUGGCUGGCGGAGCUCUGCUCAACAGCUCGGCCUCAUUAUGCUGCUGCUGGCUUUGAUGUGGUUUGUGAGGCUCUACCUGCAUUACGGCAGCCAGUGGCUCUACCUCCAGGCCAUCGCAGUUCCUGUCAACAAAUUCCAGCUCCACGCACACACAGUGGACCUUGUGUACCAGAGUUCUUUACUGCACACCCGGGAGGAGCUGGCGAUGGUGGUGGUGGGUCCCCUGACCUUGAACGCAGUAAUGUUCCUGCUGGUUCUGAUCAGAUGGGCCUGUCAACAGAUAUUUGGCUCACUCCCUUCCUUCACGUCAAAGUUUAUCAUGGCUCAGGGAGUGUGGACAGUCCUAAACCCCCUGGCGGUCUUUGCUGUGGACGCCAUCCUCGGGCAUCUCCACUACAAUCCAGAGAGACCAGUGGCGGACGCAGCAAAACUAUUUUGGCACUUUUACAGAGUUGAUCGAUCUGGUCGUGCUGGAAUAAUCAUCACUCUGUUCCUAUACACCGUCAUUUUUCUGCUGUCCAUCACCAUCUUUUUCAUAUACAUGCUCAGAUUCCACAACGAUGGUCGCAUGCUGGACGUCUUUCAGAGAAUCACAGCAAGAGAGGGAAAGUACUUUCUACCACAAGAUUUGGAGCUGUCCAAUCGGGAGCUGAGCUACAUUGUGAAGAAGGCGGAGCAGUGGAGGGGUUACAACGGGGAGAGACGUAAGGUGGCAGUCAACGACUACAUCUGGACGUCUGAUGACCCGGUGGUGGUUUCAGCAACCCCCCACGAUGACCCACUUAGAGAGGGUUCUCCACAGACGGUGGGCGAGACCAGCACCCGUGUGGCCGUCUACACGCUGUAUCUUAGUGGGCUCAAACAAAAAUACAGACUCUUCCUGCGACAUCCAGAUGGGACAAUCGUUGAGGUGUUUGAUGAACUCGAAGGACCUGCUACUGCGACCGGAGUGAUACAGACUCAGGACCAGGGUUCAAGUGCUGGCAAGAAGGACAAGGGUCACAACCGCCUGUGGAAACGAAAGAUUUUUGGACGGCCGGGUCGUGUGGAGCCGGUAGGAGGAAGUGGGUGUGGCUCCAGUUUCCCCAAAGACCUCAACCAAUGAAAUAUACACUUUUCCGCAUAUUUUUUUGGACAGGCAGAACAGUGAAAAGUGGUUUGUGCUGGAGCAAGACGGUACAAUUCCAACUUGGAGUGUACUCUUGGAGUGAAGGUGGCUCCUGUACCCAAGCUUGUGCGGCACUCUGGUUUCCUCCCACAGUCCAAACACAUAGAGAGUUGACACCAAAAUGCCCAAAGGUGUACGGGUGUGUGUGUGUGAAUGCAAUGUUAAUGUAAGCAAAUACAGUACCAACACAACGUUAAAAAAAAGA